AUGGAGAAAGAUGAAGAGGAAUCAGACAACUUACGCAGGACUAGACAGAGUUAUAACCCUAACCCUCAUAGGAAUCAUCAUUAUUCGCCAGCGACGCAUCGUCGUCCGAUUGCUGGAAGAGGUGAUGGUGGCGGCGAAAAAAGAAAAGUGCAGGACUGUUCACUGAUGAUUACUACUACUAGUUAUCGAAUUUUGCGUUAUGAUGUUAAGGCAGUUAGUGUUGUAGGAAAAUCGGGGAGUCUAAUUAAGGCGAUUAGACAGUAUAUUAAUGGGGUAUGGGUGAGCAUGCAUGAAUUGAUUCUGGGUGAUAAUGAACGUAUCAUCGAGAUUUUGGAUACGCGGAUGAGGGAUCUGAAUGGUGGAAUGUUGGCAUUUUCGCACGGCUUUAAAAUGCGUCACUAG